CGGCCCCCCCAAGUUUUUAAAAACCACGGCGCGAUGGUGGUCCUUCCCGUGCAGCGUCGCCGCCGGGCCGUGCUGCUGGUUCUGGCGGUGGCAUUGGCCAUAGCGCUAGUACCACAUCCCAAAAGCCCGCAAGGGCAGGAAGAAGAUCAGCAAGAGCACUUCAUGGCUGUGGCACAGGAAGUCCACCACGGUCACUUCCACUUCGGCCACUUCGGCCACUCUGGCCACUUCGGCCACUUCGGCCACUUCGGCCACUUCGGCCACGCUAGGGAGGUGGAAACACCCACACUGACACUGGCGCCGGAGGAGGUGGAAGCGAAGUUGGCGGAGGCCGAGAAUGCCUCGGUGUCAUUGACCUUGCUGGGUUGCAUGGGCUUUGUGAUGGCAACCUUCUAUUUGGUGAAUUGGCCGGAUGAGGACAUUCGGCAGAUCUCCCUGGAAGUGAUCAACUCCACGAUCAGUGUUUUUGGCGCCCUGUUGUUCUUCCACACCUUCGAGGAAUUGCUGGAGCACUACGUCUUUCCGGAAAUGUACCAUUGGCAGGAGGUAGUCGUGUCCAUGCUGCAGAUGCUUCUGUGGUUCGCCUUGCUUCAGUUGGUCUUAGCCUACUAUUCUGGCGCAAUUGGCCACAAUACAGCAGUGAGGCUGCGCAGCGACAGUUUGUCCGUGGCCAAGGCUUGUGGAUCCCCCAGAACCAAGGCGUGUCUCAUGAAGUCUGCGGAGAGACACCUAGGAGUGAUCAAGAUGAAUACCGAGGCCUGGGGCAUUUUGUUGGGCCAUGCUACCGGCUUUGCCGCCACGAAGGCCUGUUCGCAGCUCCAGCAGGCUGUGCCACGGAACUUCUUCUGCGUGGCCUUGAUGCCCUUGGUGUCCUUCGGGAUUAUCAUUCUGGUGUACCGUGCCACCGAGUUGGUGCGCUACAAGAUCACCAUGAGGGAUGGCGAGGAGGACGAAUUCGAAGAAAUUUGGCGCGAGCGCACGGCUGAGACUGAAGAUGAGGUGAUUGCGCUGGCCGUGUCCUUCUCCAUCGUGCAAAUGUUGCGCUUCGGGGUUUCGGGACACCUGCCCAACGCGGCGGGAGAAGAUCCGGAGGGAUUCAACUUGCACUCCAACUCCUCUUGUGCCUUGUUGCUCCUGGUGGGCUUGGUGCCGGGCGUUGCUGAUGUGGUGCGAGUCCUCUACACCCGCAAUGCCAAGACUUUCACAAGGAUCGUCAGUGGUGAAGGGGAGGAUGAGGUGCCCAGGAGCAGGAACUGGUGUGAGGGAAUUUCAUCCAUGAGCUUCGCUUGGUGCAUUCACUUUGCGGCAGACUGGUGGAUUGCGUCCCAUCUUCACCUGGACGGCUCCAUGAAGGCCGUGUUGUCGGCCUUGUCGGUCACCGCGGUGGCCUUCGUGGUGAUCUUCGGCUUGGAUAAGGUGGCCGACAGCCACUUUGACGACGAGGAAGUGCACCGUGCCUUGCGGGGCAUGAUUGCAGGACUUGGCCUUCUCGUCGGUUUCUCCUGGGAGCGUUGCUUCGACGCCUCCUUGGAGGGCCUCGCCAAUCACCGCUACUUCGGGACCGUGCCACCGGCCAUCUCGCGGGUAGCACUAGCCUUUGGUUUGGCCCUGAUGGUUCUUCCGGCUUGGAAAUGGUAUAUUUUGCCCAUGCUCCAUGAAGCCCACGAAGGGCAUGAAGAUUAUGCAAGCACGGUGAAAGAAGUGGAGGAGGAGGCUCGUUCCAGACCGCGCUUAUUCGGCCGAUUGGGAUCCAGCAUGACCAUGAUCAGUGAUGAGACCGCCAAGAGCAAAUUGAACCGGAGAUGUUCAUCAACCUUCAGCCGAGAAGGUUCAGUAAAUCUGCUCACUGCCUAAAAGACAUGCCGAUCGGCAGUGAUGCACCCCAGAGUUCCAGCCCGGCAGGGCGCACAGUGCAUUUUCGUCUCCAAAUCAAAUGUGGGGUUCGGAACUUUGCACAUGUGGUUCAUCCUGCUAGUCGUU